AUGGAGCAAUCGUUAUUGCAAAAGUACAUUAAAAUCGUUGGAGCAGUCGGGCUCUACUGGGCGAUCUCUAUUUCUCUCGUUUUUGUUAACAAAUCUUUGUUAAAAGGAGACGAGCUCAAACUCGAUGCUCCCCUUUUCGUCACUUUCUAUCAGUGCGUUUGUACUGUUGUCAUGUGUAAAAUCUGCGAUAUCAUGGCUCAAAAGUUCCCCGAAAAAGUUUCCUUCCCAAGCACAAAAGUCGAAAGCCAAAAAUGCCGCGAUGUUAUGCCACUUUCUCUCGUCUUCGUCGCUAUGAUUGCUUUUAACAAUCUCUGCCUCCAAGAAGUUGGUGUUGCUUUCUACACCGUUGCUCGAUCCCUCGUCACUAUCUUCUCCCUCCUCUUUACCUAUUUGAUCCUCGGAAAGAAAACUUCCUGCCUCGCUAUUCUUUGCUGCAGCAUCAUUGUCGGCGGUUUCUUCCUCGGAGUCAACCAAGAAGGCGAUCUUGGAUCUCUUUCUGUCAUUGGAACUGCCUAUGGUGUCAUUGCCUCUGCCUGUGUUGCCCUGAACUCGAUCUUCACCAAGAAAGUGUUGCCAAAGGUCGAUGAGGACAUCUGGAAGCUGACGUACUACAACAACAUCAACGCUUGUUUGAUCUUCCUCCCACUGAUGAUUGUCACUGGUGAAUUCGGCACGCUUGCUAACUUCCCCUUCCUCUACUCCUCCAAGUUCUGGAUUCCCAUGACCGUUGCUGGCGCUUUUGGUUUCACAAUGGGCUACGUCGUCGGACUCCAAAUUCAGGUUACGUCUCCCAUCACCCACAACAUUUCCGGCGUUGCUAAGGCCUGUUGUCAAACAGUCGUCGCCGUCAUGUGGUUCAGCGAAGUCAAGACCGUCCUUUGGUGGGUGUCUAAUUUCCUCGUCCUCCUCGGCACUGGCUCGUACGCAUUCGUCAAAUCACUGGAGAUGAAAAAAGCCCACGAGCAGCAGCAGUCCGCAUCAAAGGCAUGA